UAAUACGUAAAAAGAUGUAAUGAAAUGAUAAAUGAAUAACUGUCAUUGGCGCACGAUACGAGUACGGGUGGAGUCGGAACAACUGACGAUAGGCUGCAGAAGUGCGGGGAACCGGCCGGCCUUUAGCUGGUUGGUUUAGCCAGUAGAUAACCGACCAGGAUGGAUGAUCUCACCGAUAAACAAUGCCAUUAAAUAAUUUUAUUGAAUGUCGAUAAAACGGAAAUUUACGCUGUAAUUCAACGGAUAAAAUUCAUCUUCUCUAUGGUAAAAUAUUGUACGUGUAUUUUGAGACCAUAUGAAUGUAUUUUGCAAUAAACGAAUUUCUGUUCGUAAAAAUUGUGUCACGUUAUAUAAUAUAAAUAUAUAAUAAUAUUAAUAAUAAUUACUAAAUGUGAAAAUUAUUAUAUUAAUGACGUGUAAGAUGAUAUAUCUCAGUACCAGUCUGUAAUCCAAAUGACCACGUUACACGAUUUAAAAUAAAAAUACUUUAAACCAAGUUCAUUAGAGUGAUCAUUGAUCAAUAAUGAUAUCACCACAUAAUAGAUAAUAAUAAUAUAUGAUAUGCUCAUAUCAUAGCCGGACGAAAGAUAGAUUGUCUCAAUCAUAGAUAACAUACAUUUACUGAUUUUAAUUGAUAAUAUCAAGUAUCGACCUCAAAUUUCUGCAACUUAAAAAGUAUUAUAAUAUUGUAAAAAUAUGACAAGUUUGGAAUAAUUUAAUUUGCGUGCAGUUUACAAAAUAUAAUCAUAACUCUGAUCCCCAUUAAGAUAAUUGACAAUUAUUAUGAGCAAAUUCAGAGUAACGUCGGAUUUUGUAGUCAACGCGUUGUGCGCAGUGACUAUUGGUGCGGGUGUUGUCGAAUAUUCUUCCAAUAUAAUUUUAAAUGAUUUAUAUGUCAAAUAUUUUAAAGAAGCAAACAAAAAUAAUAAACCAGUUGUAUUAAGUGAAUCUCUUCGAAAACAAUAUGAUAAUGUGAUUCAUGAUUUAAAGUUGACAGAUUUUAAAAAAGCUUUUAUAAUACCAUUUACAGCUAAAGGCAUCAAUUCAAUAAAUGUUGGUUGUUUGAAUACCCGCAUGGGUAGUUAUAUAGGAAUUCCAAGUAUUUAUGAUCUUAAUUCGACAGAAGAUGUUUCAAUUCUAAAUGCUGCAGAUUUAAAUUUAGAAGAACAAUAUACAAAACUUAUUAAUGACAAGUCUGAGUUUGGUCAACAAUUUGUGAAGUCGUUAAUCCUCAGUGAACCUGCUAAAAAAUAUAGUAUUGCUCGAGAAUUGAUGCUUACAGACAAUCACCGAAUACUUAUUAAAUCUAUUUUACCUUCUGUAGUAUUAAUGCCAAUGUACGCUUUAGGGCAUUUCAUGUAUUAUAGAUUACCUCCAAACCCAGUAAGAGUUAGAUCGUUAGCACUUGUCUUAGUAAGUAAUAUAGGAGUAUUAUUAUGGUUUUUAAUAAGAUCUGCUACUGAAAAUUUUUAUCAAAAAAAAGCUGAUGAGAAAUUAUGUAAUUUUGGUGAAGAAUACAUUAAGGGCGGAAUAGAGUAUUAUGAAAUAUUAAUUCAAAGAAACCUAGCUUUAAGAAACAUUUUACCUAAUGGUGAAAAUGUGUAUUCAAAAGAAGGAAAUCAAAUUGAAUUUAUUUCAGAAUUAUCUGAAUUACCUUUAACAUACAGAAAAAGGUAUCUUGAAAAUAGAUUAAAAAAUUAUUUAACUGAAAAUAAAGAAACAUUAACAUAAUUUGAUUAAAUAUUUCAAUACUUUUUUUUAUUAUUAUAUUAGUUAAAAUUAAUUAAUACUUAU